AAUAAGUGAGGAAAACUUGACAAAAUGCAAUGCCGUGCGUGCAUGGACACCGAUGGUGAAUUCACGGAAAUGAGCCUAUCUACGCAGGGGGAUGGUAAGACGCUUUACGACUACUUUAACGCAUGCACCCAGCUUCACGCCACAGACGUUGACAAUCUGCCAAGAUCUCUAUGCUCACGGUGUGUCCAAGAUGUGCAGAUAUUCUUUAACUUUAGGCAAAAAGCUCACAAAUCAAAUGAUGAACUAAAAAGACUAUGCACUGUACAUGAACUAAAAUUGGAACAAAUUUAUAAUGAGCAGCUAGAGUCCACCAAAGUGUUUUCUGGCAUUUCACCGACGAUGUGAGAUAGGACCUUUCUAAAAAG